AUGGCCUCGCAUACUCUUGUACUUCCGAACAAGUCUCUGAAUCUCACCUGCCUGCCCCAGGGUGAUUUCACCAGCAUCCAGUGGCUGAAGGAGAACCAGUAUCUUCAACAGAACCAUCAACUGCAUUCGUCUGAUGGCAACCAGACUCUUGUUCGUACAGGGGUCACCUUAGCCGAUUCAGGGGCCUACCAGUGUGAAGUCAGAAACCUGGCCAACUGCAGCAGCAGUGACCCUGUGAUCAUCUCUGUAGCCUAUGGACCGGACGCCGUUGAAAUAAGCCCCUCUGGAAACAUAACCCAGCUCUUGGGUUCCCCUUUGAAUCUAAACUGCAGUGCCGAUUCUGUCCCUGCCGCCGAAUACAGCUGGUUUUUCAAUAACACCCUUGUGGGUCUUGGGAGAAUCAUGACCAUUAAUUCCACAGCCUGGACACAUGAGGGGACUUACGAAUGUUGGGCGUACAAUGCUCUAACCAACCUCACAGGCCGGGCCUUGGUUACGGUAUCAGUGGUGAUUGUAGCAAGCCAAGAAUCCCCUUCUGUUCAGCCGACAUUAAUUCCAAGAAUCAUUUCAGGCACCGUUAUUGGAAUACUGGCGGGAGUGGUUUUAAUCGUGAUCCCCGUGUACUGUUUCUGUGUCCGUGUUCAGAGUCAGAAGCCUCCACAGGUCCCGCCAAUUGUGUCCCAGUGUGACAAGAAGCCCCCUGACAUACCAGCAAAGCAUGGGCCAAAGCUGGAAAACUCCCCUGAUCCAAACUCCAUGUAUCAGGAACUCCAGUGUGGAGAUGAGGCUUUAUAUCAAGAGCUGGAAAGGUUCAGAGUCAAGUCUAAACAUAUCGGAUUAGAUUUAGAUGAAGGUGGAGUGAAAAUUAGUGGAAGGAACGUUUACCAGAUGCAGAUGGCACCACAUGGGCAGAAAACAGGGAAGCAAUUACUGGUGAAGGUUAAAGCAAUUACUGCCGCCAUCCUGAGUUCUGCCUUCCUGCUGACUCAGGCUCAGGAGGAGAUCCCUGUUACGGCAGAACCACCACAGCCAUCAGAAGGACAGGACAGCCAUCAGAGGACAGAGAUGCUCUCCAAACCGACCGUUUCGGCCUUCCCCUCCUCUUACCUCGUGGAGUUCAUUGAUUCCAUUACUCUAACCUGUGAGAUCCGCUCCGGAGCCACCAAAGUCCGCUGGUUCAAGAACGGCAGACCGUUGGGGAAGAGUGACCAUAUCAGCCUUUCUAGUGAUAACCGGACUCUCUCCAUCCCGAGCAUAACCCGAGACGAUGCCGGGGAGUACCAAUGCGAAGUGUCCAACUCAGCGAGCACCAGAAUCAGUGACAUCCAAUACGUCGAUGUGAUUUAUGGACCUGAAACUCCUGUGAUCCACACAACUGAGGAGAGUUCAGACCUCAAGCUGACUUGUGAAGCCGACACGUUUCCGGAUGCCCAUUAUGCCUGGUUUUUCAAUGGGAGGGAAUGUGGUACAGGAUCCCCUCUGGUCAUCCAGAAUGCCACCCCAGAACAUUCUGGGAGUUACGUUUGCCUAGCCUGGAACGUUCUGACUCUCCACAAGAGGAAUAGCACACUGGAUGUUGUGGUAGGAGCUGAAGUGCGUGACGUCACAGUCACUGGCCCCUCUGUCGCCACUGAAGACCAGUCCGUCACUUUGACAUGCACUGCUGUGGGCAGCUCAGUUUCUUACUCCUGGUUUAAGGGGGACCAGAGCCUAGAACCAGGACAUUACACCGUACUGACCAACAACAACCAGAAUCUCAUGUUCAGUCCGAGUCACCGGAGUGACUCUGGGGACUAUACCUGCAGAGGGUCCAACAGUUUCUCUUCUGACAUCAGUGAGCCUCACCGGCUGGAUAUUCUGUAUGGACCCGAUCCUCCCGUCAUCCAUGAGGUUUUUGACCGGGGCCGUUUCAAGCUCAAGUUCUCCUGCCGAUCUGACUCGUAUCCCGCGGCAAGUUAUGUCUGGUUUCUCAAUGAGAAGUUUCUCUCUGACCAACAAAAUCCCCUCGUUCGGGAUCUUGCCACUGAGAAUGGCGGGAAUUAUACUUGCCAAGCCGAAAACAGAAGCACCCGACAGAAGAGAAAUACCACCCUGGAGCUUGAAGUGCAGG